UAAGAAAGAACGAGGAAAAGAGGGAGUGUGUGUACAAGUACCGGAGAGAGGGAAAGAGAAGUUAGGACUUAAAGAAACUGAAUCGUUGUUUUUUUUUUCUGUGAGAGAAAAGGUAAAACAACCAGCCAGUAGAAUUGACCGGGGCGCCAAAGGAAGAGAAGAUUUUUCCUUAUAUUGUGUUUUUUGGAGCUGUUAGAAUAAAAAAAGGGACGCGGCGUUAUUAAAUCACACUGAACUGAUGGUCAUGACGGCAGCUGUCGAUAUGAAACCGACGUUAACAAUCAUAAAGACUGAAAAAAUGGACGAUCCGGAGUGUGGAGAUGUUCCCCUUCUCACUCCAGGAAGUAAAGAGAUGAUGUCCCAGGCUCUGAAGGCCACCUUCAGCGGCUUCACAAAGGAACAGCAGCGGCUUGGUAUUCCCAAAGAUCCCAGACAGUGGACAGACAACCAUGUGGCUGAGUGGCUAACAUGGACAGUGAACGAAUUCAGUCUGAAGAAUGUCGACUUUGAAAAAUUCUGCAUGAACGGAGCCAGCCUGUGUGCGAUGGGGAAGGAUCGCUUCCUAGACUUAGCACCUGACUUUGUGGGUGACAUCCUUUGGGAACAUUUAGAAAUGCUUCAGAAAGAGGAUGCAAAGCAUUACCCCAUCAAUGGACUGACCUCCAACUUCCAGGAAUCCCGUUAUACCUCAGACUACUUUGUCAGCUACGGAAUUGAACAUGCCCAAUGUGUCCCUCCUUCUGAAUACUCAGAGCCCGGCUUCAUCACAGAGUCCUACCAGACACUUCAUCCCAUCAGCUCGGAGGAAUUGCUGACGCUCAAGUACGAGAGUGAAUAUCCUGCUGUCAUCCUACGGGACACGCCCCUCAACCCGCUGCAGGGGGACUACUUCACUGUCAAACAGGAGGUGGUAUCCCAUGACAACAUGUGUGUGGGACGACUCAGCCGAGGUAAACUCGGAGGCCAGGACUCCUUUGAGAGCAUCGAGAGCUUUGAGAGCUGCGACCGGUUGACCCAGUCAUGGAGCAGCCAGUCCUCGUUCAGCAGCCUGCAGCGGGUACCUUCGUACGACAGCUUCGACUCAGAAGACUACCCCACUGCCCUGCAUAGCCACAAGCCCAAGGGCACUUUCAAAGACUAUGUGAGGGAGCGCUCGGACCUCAGCAAGGAUAAACCCGUCAUCCCCGCGGCAGCACUGGCAGGAUACACAGGCAGCGGCCCUAUCCAGCUGUGGCAGUUUCUCCUGGAGCUGCUGACCGACAAGUCUUGCCAGUCCUUCAUCAGCUGGACAGGCGACGGCUGGGAGUUCAAGCUCUCUGACCCAGAUGAGGUUGCUCGGAGGUGGGGCAAGAGGAAAAACAAGCCCAAGAUGAACUACGAGAAGCUGAGCCGUGGCCUGCGCUACUACUAUGACAAGAACAUCAUCCACAAGACAUCGGGGAAACGCUACGUCUACCGCUUUGUCUGUGACUUAAAAAGCUUGCUGGGAUACACUCCUGAGGAGCUCCAUGCAAUGUUGGACGUAAAGCCCGAUACGGACGAGUGAAAGCAAAGAAGAAACAGGAAGUGAAGACAAACGUUCAGGAGACACAAGGACUGGGGCUCAUAAAGUGGUCUUAACUUUUUUGAUAGAGUUGGUAAACCGUUUUUUGGGGACCAAAAAUGUUUUAAACGACUUACCAUGGCUUUGUUCAUUUCAACCUCCUGCCUCUCAGACCAUGUUUUAAAAGAAGGCACAAGCCAAACGCCUGUAUUCAUACCCUGUUGCAUUUGAGAUGUGUGUGCGCAUGUGUGUGUGUGAGCGUAUGUGUAAUUAUGUACCGGAAUUAUUUAGCAGCUCAAGGCAGAGGGAGCGCUUUCGGGUAUAGUUCAGGUUCCCUCCAGCCUAAGUAGCACAGUGUUGGAGACGAAAGUAUAAAGACAGAAAGUCAGAGAAGACCAAGAGAGGAAAAGCAGAAUAAUUAAAUAUUGGGGAAGAGCAGGCAGAAGGUUCCUGUUGCCAAAACAUGAAUACCAAACUACGAAAGGUAUAAUGACAGUUACAUAAAUGCCCAAUGUUCUCUUUGACAAAGAGAGGAUUUUCAGCUUGGACCAAAAAGUGUCGUUUCUAAUUUGUGGUUUGAGGAGCGUAUAUGCUUGUGCCAGUAUUAUAUUAUUGAUGUUGAGAACACCCAAUGUAAACCAGGCAUAUAUUGGAGAGUUGUUUUUCAUUUUUGUUGUCAAUUAAGGUAUUACAGUGGAACCAAACAUUAGAUGCCAAGUUUGUUUGUUUAGUUCUCUAGGUGAGCCUUUAACUGAAAUGUGCUGAUUUGUUAUCAGACAACACUAGACACUGGCCCUGUGCUUUGUAGGGUUUGAGGACCCGAUGAGAUUACUCAUAGCAAGAGUGUCUGACAGACAGACAUAUGAAAGUAGCCGUUGCUUUUGGAACUGACGCUUUCGCCUUUACAUUCAUGUUUGUCACCUCGUUGGAGACACAUAUUAUGACUGAAACUUAUGCAUUUUUGCAUAUACCACCAGUAUUAGCAAACUGUAGACAAUCUAUGUGGGGAAAUUCAGGAGUCUUUAGUAAAAAGAGUUGUUUAAUGUGCAGAUUAGAUGCAUACUUUGUCGGUUCACUGUCCAUGUUAGUGUUGCUUUUGAAGUGUUUAAAUAGUCUUCUGACUGUCUAUAAAAUGAAAUCACAAGUGAAAUAUUUGAGUGAUUUUUCAGAUCCUAAGUAUGUCAGAUUCUUUUCUUUUUGUCUUUUGUUAUGCAAUACAUUUCGUCCAUUAGGAAGCGGCUGCAGUAUGUUAAGGUAAAGUGUAGGAAAAAGGGAUAGGCAAUAGAAACAUGGCGACCAGAAAGGUUCUGAAGUUGUGCGGGAUAGAUGAAGGUGUUUGAAAGGAAACUGUGGAUACUGCAGUUGAUGAUCACUUGUAAGAUCUGAGAGAGAAAGACUGACAGAAAUGACGCAAGUUGGUGGAUGCUUGGAAGUUGGCAUUACAUUGGUAGAGUACUUACUUUCCACUAUCAUUGAGGUUGGAUGCAUGAAUGCAGCUUAAACUUCAUUGCAAAUAGGGCUAGGGUUAGGGUUACAGCUAGUGGCAGACAUUUGCAUUUCAUUUGUAGAGCUGUGCCUACUUGUGUAUGAGCAAAACAAUAUAUAA